AAGGAUACGCGAGCGGUCGCUCAGUUGAUGCUAUGAUGGCUAUCUGAGUGGUUGUGUCGUAUUAGAACGGAGUAAUUUUACCGAGAUAUACCGGUUAAAAUCAUGUGUGUCGGUUAGAUUGCGUUGUGAUAAUGCUUGAAGUUCCCAACUAGGAUAUACCACUAAUGCGAAUGUCGCGACGAAUAAUAUUUCUUAAUUUAUGAUUCACUUAUUAUACUAGUGCAACGACUCGAGGAUAUCUGAAAUCCUGAUCAAAAAUUGUGUGUGAUAGUGAGCUAAUCAAUAAUGGCUGAUGGUUUCCAAUAAUUUAUCAACAGCGUAUCUGUAGAAACGUCAUUAGCCAAAAGAGUUUUGUUCACGUAUCUUGAACAAUUUUUUUUAGUAGAAGUACUAGAAGCUGUUUUGUGCAAAACAACUAUCGGACUAACUUUGUAAAAAAAUUACAUCUGUGUUACUGAAUAGCUGAAAUAAUCAAACUGGAUUACGACAGUUUAAAUGACCAACAAACAGAGCAUAGUCAGGAAGUAUCAGAAUGGGACACCGGCUGGGCGGAAGGACCGGAGAAAAUGAUCGUGGAAGUCCGUGAAACAGCGACUAAUUCCUUCAGUCUACUAGAAACGAGCACUGUAUAUAAUUUUACGGAUACUGUAAAUGACGAUGUUGGAAGGAGUAUCUGUUGUGCUACAGGAAAUGACAUCACAAAUAAGGACGUCCGACACAAUUCAAGAAAAUAUCCAGAAAUGCUUUUAUGUAAUGCAGAAGCAAAUCCCAGAACCUGGACCAAGUAUAGUAGUAAGACCAGAAGAAGCACUGAUCGUAAUUUUUGUGCUUGUGCUGUGGAUAGGUGCAAUCGGACUUUUUUUUCAUAGAUGGGGAAAGAUUCGAAUGCUAGAACCAUAUCAGCCAAAAUUCAUUCAGCAACAUAGAGGUUCCUGCCCGCUGGUUGAUCUGGAUCUUGACUUACCACCUGUUCCACAACGAUCAUCACUUUCUAAAAUGUCCCUUGGGUUGCAGUCAACAAUGACGUCUGUUUGUUCCGGAGGAUAUACUGGCUAUAUGCGCCCUCGACAAAAUUCCGUCUUUGUUGGUCCGCACGUAGUUUCACCUCCACAGCCACCUCGAAAAACACGCUCGGCCGUAGACAUACAUUCAAUGAUACUCAGUGAAGGCGAAUCUGAGGCGGUUUAGCUCCCUUCCGCAUUACCGGCUGUUUGCCGCCUAACAUCAACUUUAGGAAGCGAUGAACCAAUGAACGGUCAUAAACAACGAGAGAUGCAUCCUACAAACAAACUCAAUAUUUUUGUAUCGCGAUAUACAUAUACACAUAACUUUCUUUUUAUACUAAACAUGUUGAAGUAAAUCGUUGAAAUGGACGCGGUAAUUAUAAACAAAGUUUCCCUCGUUGAAUAUUCCUAACCAGUAGAUCAUUCUUUCCCAUAUUUGAAGUGUUGUUUAUACUCGUGCCGUUUUAUGACCAAAAUAAAUGUUAUUGCUUGUAACUAGUAGGAUGUGUGAACUUAGAAGACUAAACGGGUUAUACAUAUGACAGGCGGUCAAAAUACCAUUUAUUCUAAAUAUAGCUUAAAAACUAACAACACAGAUAUUACAUAAAAUUGCAAUAUUCAGCAAUGCAUGCCGAUCGUGAAACUGAAUCUGAUUAUUUCAGGUACGAUACAUAUAAUAUGAUCGAAAACCAUUGGCCAAAGACUAUGAUAGACUUGUAAGCAGUUUAUUUUUUAAUUAUGACCGAUAUUCUAAUCGCCAGACAUUCUGUCAAUUUUUACAACAGGAAUACCCUUUUUGAACCAAGCUAAUGUUUUUAUGGAACAGUAUGUAAUUGGUUUGUGAAAUCUGUUGAACCUGAGAUAUCUAGAUUGAUUAAAGAAAUAUUCAAUAUUUAAGUGACUUCAUAAAUAUAUUACUAAGAACCAAUAUAUAAGUAGUGAUUGUUGACAAAAGUAGAUCAUUUCAGAUAAAUAUAAUAUUUAAAAAAG